AUGAUGCCCACGAGGUGCCGAGUGGUGCGCACCGAAGGCGAGGCCCCUUCUGCGCCGCCUACGAGUGUCCGGAGCGACGCCGUUUCGCCCACCAGUUUGCGGGUCGUGUGGGAGCCUCCACCCGCCCAUACUCACCACGGUGACCUGCUGGGAUAUCACGUGGGCGUUCGGCGCCAUGACCUGGGAAAUGAUGAGUCGUAUAACUUCAGCGUAGUGGGCGUGGGCGCUGGUGGAGGUGGGCGGGAGGUGGUAACGGAUCUACGGGCGUGGGUGCAGUAUGCAGUUGCCGUAAGAGCAUACAACGCCCACGGAGCCGGACCCGUGUCUCCGCCCGUCGUGGUCAGGACGUUAGAAGACGUACCCUCUUCUCCCCCCGUGGGCGUGGAGUGCAGCGGGGGUGCCGGAGGGACAUCGCUGUACGUGAGGUGGGCGCCGCCGCCGCCCGCCUUCCACAACGGCCUGCUGCAGGGCUACCGCCUCACCCUCACGCGCCUAGAUGACUCGACAGAGAAGGUGGAAGAGCUCAUCCGAAUGACGAGUGGGCGCGAGGAGAGCGUGGGCGGUCUGCGGGCGUGGUCAAAUUACACGGUGACGGUGGCGGCCGUGACAAGGGCGGGCGCGGGCGUGUCCUCGCCUGACCUUAUCUGCACCACGAGGGAGGAUGUUGCGGGCGUCCCGGGCGGACUGAGAGCUUUGCAGUCAGACGUGGGCGCAGCUAUACUCACGUGGCUGCCUCCACACCCACCCACGGGCGUGCUCUUGGGCUACACGCUUAACCACCGUCCACCCCACGCCCGCGCGCCCUCACAGCACCCUCUUCACGCCCACGCCAACUCUCACACUCUCACGCACCUCAGCCGCGGCACACACGAGUUCUGGCUGACGGCGAGGACGAGGGCGGGCGAGGGAAGCCCACGCCCACGCUCAAGCUCACUAUUCUGGACCAAG